ACUGUCACAUUACGGCAACACUUAAGUUCAAUUCAGGGUGAAAAGCGUUGCUAUAUUUUGGAUGGUUCAUUUUGAAGUGCUUGGUGGUCAGUAGUUGGGACCACUUGGGAUUUAGUGUGAGUAGUCCUACUUUGUGGCACAAUUUAAUUGAGUUUAUUUAAAUAAUAUAAUAAUAUUUUAAAGCCAUAUUGUAUCUUUUUCAGGAUUACAGUAAUUGAGGGAACCAUGGGAAAGUUCUCCUUCCCAAGGCUCAUCAUAAGAAUGCCAUGGGCAAAUCGGACUGCACGGGACGAUUUCUGCACAGGAACUAACGAACUCCACAGGCUCAGAACAAACCACCCUCACAACUCCUCCCAACUCCCCAGCCAUACUGUGUGUAGGCAGGGCAAGGAGAACACCGAUUCAACCCCGAAGAAGAGGAAAAAGAAGAGGCACAAUGAGAAGGGGACCCAGGUUGAACUAGGCAUGCGGGAGGAUAUCCAUGACCUUGAGCUCGCCCAUUGGAGAUUGGCUAAAGAGACAUGGAGAACUGAGCGAGGAAACAUGAGGGAGAUAAAGGCGCUGUAUGGAGAAAUAUUUAGGCUGCACAAGUUGUUGGAGGAGAUUGGGGUAGAUAAAGGGGUGAUCAAGCAGCGCUCCACCUCCUCCAUUCUUUGUCCCGUCUCCCCGACACUGCCAGCUCUCCCCUGGUACAAUCUCCACAAGUACCUCACCAAAAGCCAAUCGGAGUGUGACCAGCAUGCCGCCGCCACCCAGAAGAACCCGGCUAAGAAACACUCAAUCUUUCCCCCUCUGGUCACACAGAGCUGCACCUCCCCUGACAAACGGCCUCAUUCUCCGUCCAAGACGUCGCACCCACACGCUUCACACAGAUUUUCUGUCCCAUCCUACCUCCUGGCUCCCGGCCCUCCUGCCCAGCUGAGGCAGACCCAUCCGCAUGUCCACCCCAGGUCCCCAUUGACUGACCAGGCAAAGGUCAAGGAUAAGGUCAAGAGGUCAGAGGUUGCAUCGUCUGAGGAAUUGUCUGAGGAAGUUCAACGGAGAGGCGCAGAAAUUGAGAAUAUGUAUAAAGCGCAGCUGAAAGAGAGGAUGGCCCAAAAGAGAAAGGAAGGGAUUCUGAACAAAAGGAUAAACAACUAUGACAAGAACGAUGACACUGAGGCCUCCUGCUCCUCUGCAGUAGGACAAUCCAAGACCCCUGCCACAGCCCCUGAGCGUCCGGCCAGCCCAGAGGCCACCACAGAUGCCACGCCAGUAGCCGUCCAAGAGGACACUCAGGGGGCCACCCAGCAGGACCUAGCAGAGGUUGUGAAUGUGCUCAAGAGGCAGUCAUCUGACCUAUACCUGCCUGACGACGUUUGUGAGGAUUCACUCACGUGGAGCUCCAUUUACGAGGAGCUGUGCCCACUUGCUCACAGGGUGAACUCAGAAGCUGACUACAUCAAGGCGCUCUGCGUCACCACUGAGAAGGCUGUGAUGCCUUUGCGCUUGUCUCAGGAGGAUGUGUCUCAGAGUAUGAGUGAGGACACAAGUGAGGAGGGGAGUAGUACAAGUGAGGAGGGGAGUAGUGAAAGUGAGGAGAGCAUGAGUGGACAACAACAGAGAUGUCUACACAGGGAUCCUUAUGGUGAGAGGGAGAGGAAGAAGAUUGAUAGUCGUACAAUGGAAGGGAGAUAUGCAACCGCAAAUGCAAUGUCUAUGAUGGCGAGCCUAGGGAAAGAAGAACUUUAAU